UUACGUGACAACUGAAAACAAUUUUUUUUAAUAAUGAUUUACUAUGAAAAAAUUAAAAUGCAAUAGGUAUUUUAAUAAUUUUUACCUUAUACAAAGUCUAGUUGGUUCUUAACAGAAUUUCAGGUCAAAAUACACAAAAUGAAUAUUGAAGAUACACAUUUAUUGGAGUUUUUGAAACUACUGUCAGAAACAUGUGCCUAUUCAGAACUUGAACGCUUAUUCGGCAUAGCGUUUGUGUUAACUAUUGAAACUGGCUUUGUUCCAGCUUCUCUAAAGGAAUGUUUCAACUCAAUAAAUUCAAAUAUUGAACUCGCCAGAACGGUCAACGACAAAGGAUUGAAUUCAUGUUGGUAUGAAAAUAAUAAUGUUUUGACCGCUCAACUGAUAAUGUGCAACCAAGAAUGUUAUUUAACUGGUAUUCCUACCGGCCAUUCGUUAAUUAUUAUUACAUUAAGUACCUUCAACAAUAUCUCAAAAUCUAUAGUAUUUCCAAAUGGUGAACAAUUUGUAUUAGACAAUCCUAGUGAUUUUAACAAAUUUGCAAUAAAAUUUAAAAACUUAGUCAGCGUUCCAGUCAAAUGUGCCGUGUUGAACGAAACAGUUGGUCUGUAUCCAGGUCUUUGCGGGCUUCCUGAAGAGUUAAUACUUUAUAUCAUGGAUAAAUUAGAUUCCAAAAGUAUUUACGCGUUUAUGAGAUGCUGUAAACAAACCAACGAAUUGGCGACAAAAAAUCAAUGUUUAUGGAAAAAAUUAGUCAUUAACGAAUUUAAAGAUUUGCCUAUCAGCACUGGAAACUCGAUAGAGCACACAACGAUCGAAUGGCGAAGUUUGUAUUUUAAACUUAAAAGGGACAAGUGUGGUAGAAAAACUACAGUCAUUAUACGAGAUUAUACGUAAGCGUUACAUUACGCAUUUAAAAAUAUUACUUUUUGUUUACUUAACUUGGUGUUUUGAACUGAACUAUGUACCUGUUAUUGUUUUUACCAUCUAUAUUUCUUGUACAGUGAAAUGAUAACUGAUUUGUUACUAUAAUACAUUAAAGAAAACAAAUUAUUAAAAAAGACAUACCUGCUUAGCUUAUGAUUUAC